AUGGACCAACAACAAAACAACUUCCAUCAGGGUCCUAGCAAUUUUGAGCACGCUGGGGUUGACUUCGACAGGUACCUCGACAACCUUGGGAACCCGAACACCGUCAACAACUACGGGGAGAGCAGCACCCACAACACGGGGAACGUUGGUCACAUGAGUGGGAGGUUGCUCAACCAGGGCUUUGUCAUGGCCAAUGCACCACCGGGAGUCCCCUUGACGAACGCACAGUCGCAAUUCAAUGGAUACAAUCAGUUCGACCCCGCCAGCUUCAGCCGGAGCCAGGGCUACAGCCAGCCAUCGGCGUCUGCAGCACCAGUCAUGAUGGCUCAUCAAGGCCAGGUUUUCACUCCGCCCCAUGCUCCCCCCGGAAGAAAACGGAGUUACCAAGAAAUGGAACAGCAGGAGGCCUUCAACGGCUUCCAUCGCCAGCAAAACGCUUUGCCGAUUCCGGCACCGAACAUGGCACAGCCGGAGAGAGCAGAAAUCCUACACCUCCAACAGCAGAUCCAGGCCCUCUGCCAACAGCACCAGCAAUUGGAGCGAAGAAACGCCGCCGAGGUCCAGCAGCUGAGAGAGGAGGCCCAGAAGUUGACCACGCAGAUCGGAGCGUUCCAAACCCUUUCCCAGCGGCUUAUGCAGCAGAACAAGACAUACAAGGCAUAUUACAACAUGCUCCGUGGGUCCUUCCACUUCAGAGUCAAGCCAGAUGGCCUGCUCGAACCUUGCCUCAUGACGACCGGUGAGCCGGCCGACCUUUCGCAGCCAAUGCCACAGUUCAUGCAGGAAUAUAUGGUGCACCUCCGACAAUACGUCAAGGGUCAGGUGAUCAGCGCUGACACUCGCUUCUUGAUGCCAGAGAACAACCAGCCAGCCUCUCAACUGAUUCCUCCAAGACUUCCAAUCCCACAACUCGUGGAUCUGAACAACGAACAGGAGGAAGAGCUGGCUGCUGGUGCCGCUGCCGCUGCGCCUGUCAUCAUCUUGGACCCGAAAGCACCGGUGUCACUCCCCGCCGGCUCUCUGGGUGCGGUCUCCGAGGCUCUGCAGUCUUCUUCUUCACAGUCUUCCGGCACCACGUCAACCACAGCCCAGACGACCCCUCCAGCAACAACGGCAGACGGCGACGCUCGUCCCGAAAAGCGCGUUAAGCGUGACCACUGUGAUGCGCCGUGGAUGUACCGUUCCAAGAACGAUGCCCUCAACAGAGCAAUGGGCCACCUGCCCAACCCGCAGACCGAGAUGUUGCACCAACAAGCCGCGGCAGCCCGAGCAGCAGCAGCAGCAGCGCCUGUGCCCGUUGAGAACAACACCACCGUCAGUGGCCCCGCCGCCGCCGCCUCCUCCGAGACUGCCCCUGCUCCAGAACCAAAGCCUGUCAAGAAACGUGCACGCAAAGCACCCACCGGCCCCAAGCCAGCAGCAGCAGCAGCAGCAGCAAAAGCUUCUGGUUCUGGUUCUGGUUUAGGUCCUGGUCCCGGUCCUGCCAAGAAGAGCAGGGCUACCACGGCCCGCAAACCAGCAGCACGUGGUCAGGGCAAGGGCAAGAAACGCGGCGAUGCCGCCACUCGGCCUCCCACGCCUGUGGCAGAAGAAGCGGCAGCACCGGAACCAGCACCAGCAUCUCCCGAAGAGACAGAAGAUCUCGAUGAGGCCGCGGAGGAAAUCGCGAGAAUGUUUGAAGAAUUCGACGAGGCAGAAGGCCAAGAGGCAGAAGGAGCGACUGGAAUGGAAAAUGCCGUCGCCAGAGCCAGCGCCAGCUACGAUGACCCGCCAAGGGUGGCACCAGCAGAAGCAGAAGCAGAAGCAGAAGCAGAAGCAGAAGCAGAAGCAGAAGCAGACGCAGACGCAGAAGAGCCUGGGCUUGGGGAGUACUCUCUCAGCGUGGACGAGGGCUUGUUUGACGACGAGGACUUUGACGCCGAGGUCGCGGUGGACUAUGGGGAGUUGGAUUUCAUGUAUUGGAAAGGCGGAGGGGUGACAGGUGGGUCAAGGGUGAUAAGGGAAGGUGACGCUCUGAAGGAGUGA